GCACAAACACACGCACACACACACGCAUACGCAUACGCGAGCACACAUAAGUUGGACACAACAGCACAGACGCACAGAAGACCGAGAGAAGAGGAAUUGUCUUUCUGACGAUAUUAAAACGCGCGCCUGAAUGUGACGCGAGCACCUCGAACGACAACGCCGACCGCUGGAGGUGGGCUAAGCGCAGCGAUGUCCAAGUCCACGAAAUCAGCCUCUAGAUCCCGGAGCCGCUCGAGGUCCCGUUCGAGGUCAAGUUCCACCUCUCGCUCCAGGAGUCGCUCCAGGUCCCGGUCCAGGAAGCAUCGCUACAGCUCUAGGUCUCGGUCACGGUCAAGAUCUAAUUCUCCCCAUCAUAACCGGGACAAGAAAUACCCGAGGGGUUACCAGAACAACCGGGAGUUCCGGGGCUACCACCGCGGCUUCCGGAGGCCCUACAACUUCAGGGGCCGAGGGCGGGGUUACUUUCCACGUGGACGCUACCAGCGUGGUGGUGGUGGAGGUGGGGGUGGUGGCUACCACAACAACAACAACAACAACUAUCGCCCCAAUUGGAAGAACUACAAGCAGCAUCCUCAGAAACAGUACCAGCAAUAUCAGCAGCAGCAGCAGCAGCAGCAGCAGAACCAUCCACGAGGACGAACGCAGAGCCAGCAGAAACGCUCAGGGAGCCCCCACCAUGGUCACACUCAGCAUUCUGACCGAUCCUCGUCACCUCCAUCAAGACACUCACAGCAUUCUUCCUCCUCGUCACACUCCUCCUCUCCCAAAUGCAGGCCGGCCUCGUUAGUGGCUAACCAAAGCUCCAAAGAUGUGAAUGAGGAGCAGCUGGCCUCCUUCAAGGAGGUCACGGAGGGAGAGGGAGGAGGAGGAGGAGGAGGAGAUGAGGAGUCAGUGGAGCGUGUUGGGUUAUUAGCAGGAGAUGCUAAUGAAGGAACAAGCAAUGGGAAAGCUGAGGGUAACUGGCAGGGCCAGACAGACUGCAGCUGCAGUCCAAAGAAAACCAGUCCUCUGGCAAGCUCUGCUGUUACUGUCGGUGAAAACAGCCAAACCAUUAGUCUGUCAAGUCCCACUAAAAUUGCAAAAGACAGCGACAAGGGCGCCCCCACCUGGCAGACAGUGUGUAGUUCAUCCUCAACAAAAAAGCCCUCACAUGAAGGUUUAAACCCAAUGCUUUCCAGCUUUGACUUCUUCUCCACUGAGGAAUACCUGGAUGGGGAUAAAACCGCAAUCUCCAUUGCCUUCAGAAAGUUUUUGGAGGAGCAAAACAAAAAAGCUAAAUCCACGGGCGAUUACGGCAAGAACGCAGAAGCAAAUGAUGUGGAUAUGGAACAAGAGAAAGCCAAUGGCAAAGCAUCAGAUUCAGCAUCCAGAAAUUACAGAGAGGACACUGAUGGUGAAGUGUCUCUUAGCAGCUUUUUGAAAGCUUCUCCGUUUCUGUCCGCUGACGGGGAGGAAGAGGACGAGAUGAUCAAGCCUCAUUCAAAGUCACUUCACAAAGACUGCCAUAAUGGGGACGAUUCCCCAAGGCCAAAGAGUAAGGUCACUCACUCAGCCCGAGAACUGUUUGAAGAGUGCUUUGGCAAGUGGCAGAAUGCAGCCUAUUCACAAUUCGCUAACAGUGACCAUGAUGCCAUGGCGGGGGAGAAAUCUCUCAGUGGAAGGCAGGAUAAAGCAGCGGCCAUUGCAGCUGCCCUCGCCAAGAGGGAGUUAUUUGAGGAACUGUCCCCAGACUGGAGUUGUAAGGCCGGGAAGGCGGCAAAGUCUCCCUCAAUGCCAUCUCAAACACUGCCACCAAGGAGGAACUCUGACAGAGAGAUGUUUAUGGUCAGAGGAGAGGACUCACCUCUCAUGUCUUUGAGAAAACAGGAAGCUAAAUUUAAUGUCAGAAUGGAUUUCCUUGGCGAUAGCCUGAUGAGCUCUUCAGAUAUUCUAGCUGAGGAGCGACAGUUGUCUCAAGAUCUUGUGCAGUCCUUAAAAAAGGAUCAGGAGUUUCGCUCCAUCUUUCAGCACGUUCAGGCUGCUCAGACAAAGAAGAACCCCUCUGAGCUGUUUGCUCAGCACAUCGUCAGCAUCGUCCACCACAUCAAAGCUCAGCACUUCCCGUCUUCCGGCAUGACUCUAAACGAUCGAUUCACCCUGUACCAAAGACAAGCUGCAGAGAAGGAAAUGAUGAAGCAAAGAAAAAGCCCAGAGAUACACAGGCGAAUUGAUGUUUCACCAAGUGCUUUUAAGAAACACUCCCAACUUUUUGAGGCGAUGAAAAGCACAGAGGAUGGCACUUUCAAGGACGGUGGGGAAAAAAUGAUGAAGGGUGACUCAACAGAUCUUCGUUUGGAUAUUGAGCGCCGUAAAAAAUAUUCCAGCCAUGAGCGAGAUUACGACCACGAACGGGGAAGAAAUGUGGGAGAAUCUCCAGAUUCAAGUAGAGAGAGAUCUGUGGAGAAGCCCUCCAAGAACCACAAAAAAUCAAAGAAAAGUAAGAAGAAGCGCUCUCGCUCCAGUUCAUCCUCAUCUUCCUCAUCCUCUAAAUCACAAAAAGACGAAGGUUUACUUCACGACAAGGGUGAUUCAAAAGCUGACGGCUUUAACAGGGCCAUCCUGGGUCAAAGGGAUCAGGGACCAGGAUUAGGUGAAAGAGGACCGUCACGUGGAGGAUUUCAGGUAAAAAUUCGUGGACGGGGCUGGAACCGAGGCAAUUGUCAGGGAAACAGUUCACAAAGUAAUCCAGUAAACACAGCCGCACACCAGAAAAGUGAAGACUGGGACCCAGAGUACACUCCCAAGAGCAAAAAGUACUACCUGCAUGAUGACAGAGACGGAGAGUCAGAGAAUCGAGGGCGGGGAAGGGGAGGUUUCACGCGCGGAAGGGCGCGAUUUAUCAUCCGAAAAGCCACAACUAGCCCCAGAUGGGCUAACGGGCAACAAGAUGGCAUGCAGGGAAAAGAGUCGGGACAGGCCCAUAGAGGGGCAGAAAUCGAUGGGAAAACUACUUGAGCAGUGAAGCAGCUGGCUGAAGAUCUUUACUGCCUCCGGUGUCAUCAUGUGGGCCCACUCCACUCCGCUAUGUCCAUCACGGUGGAUCGACAAAUAUCUUUCACUAUGCAAUGUUUUGUGUUUUAAUUUCAGCAUAGGAUUCUCACCUUAACUUGACACAACCAUUUGCAACAUCAGGAUAAAGGUUGUGAUGAGAAGAAGCACUGUUUGAAAGGUGAUGUGACAUUUCUGAUGUGACAUGUCUCUUUGCUUUGUUGGUAUAGUGUAUUGAAUAUUUAUGCAUUUCUACUUGAGGUGAUUAGAAAAUAACUCCUUAAUAGUGCUUGUAUUUUGAAUUAGAAAGAAAGAAACUGCAUAUUGGUGCUUAAACCAGUUUGUGCCUUGUGGUAAUAAAAUAUUUUCUAGGUAAACUAAGGGAGUAGGUAUGCCAUUUUGAAUUGCGUCCUGUCUGGUUUAAAGCAACAGCAGUAAGUAACUCACUGUACACACUGAUGUAAAAUCUGUUUAGCCAGUUCACCACUCCACAAAUGACCCUGAUCCACAAUGGGACCAAACUGUACAGGGUCAAAGGUCGGGCUCUGUAGUCUCUAACCAAUGUACAAUAAUAGCAGGAAGCUAGAGGACUAGCUACAACAGGUUUUCAUGGAUACCACUUCAAUGUAUGAUGUUGACAGUGACUAUAUUUUCUUCCUCUUAAAGACAUUCAUGAUAGUUUUUGUGCCUGGCUGGGCAGGAUUUUGAUUGACUUUGAUUGUAUUGGAGAAUUAGGCUUUGUUGCCAUAUAUUUUGGUGUAUUUUAUUUUCAUGGGCGUUUGCAAGAUGUUUUAUCAGUUAUGUAAAUUGUGGGAUUUCAUAAUUAGAAUUUGUUUAGUAGUGUUUAGUGUUUGUUUUUCAAUGUAUAUAAUCAAUGUUUUUUUGUUUUGUUUUUUCUCUUAGAGUCUAUGACUGGGCUUUUGUCCAGCUAACUAGCAUAAUACAUAAAUGACAUAUUUUGUGUACCUUGCUGUGGGUGCCCUGGUCUUACUUCUACAAUGCAAGCCUACAGACUGAGAAUAACAUUUAAUUGUUACCUUCUUAGGAUAUAUUGUUUUUUUGUUUUUGUUUUUUUUUUGUUUUUUUUUUUAAAUAGUUGUCACUGUAUUUUGCUAAAUUAAAGAGACACUGAUUACUUUGAA